AUGAAUCUUAUUGAAAAUGCAGAAAAAGAAUGUGCCGUACUGGGCACAUUAUUUCAAGGAAUUGUCAAUGAAAUGAAGAACAGUUCAUCGUUAUGGGAAGAUUUGGCAUCGAAGGCAAACAAAAUGCAUAUCCAACUCAAAUCUACAAUAAUUACUUUCAGCCUAUUUCUUGAUGCUUUUCAACGUAUCGCUGAUUUAGCAACAAAUACAAAAGGUGCAACACGAGAAAUUGGCACUGCGUUGACACGUUUAAUUUUACGUCAUAAAUCUAUUGAACAAAAAUUAAAAUGCUUUACAAGUUCAUUGGUGGAAACAUUUAUUCAGCCACUAAGUGAACGUAUUGAAGAAUGGAAAAAAUCAGCAAAUACAUUAGAUAAAGAUCAUGCAAAGGGUCUCAAAGAUUACAAAAAAUUACGCAAUGAACUGCGUAAAAAAGCAACAGAAACAGCAAAACUACAAAAAAAAUGUCGCAAAUUACCAAAACAUGAUGCAUUACAUAAUAAACUUAAUUCAGCAAUACAAGAAGUAUCAAAUUAUUAUGGCAUGUUAGAAGAACGUGAAAAACAAGCAUUACGUUCAGCAAUGAUUGAAGAACGAAGUCGUUUUUGUACAUUAUUUACUUUACUAAAACCUGUUAUGGAACUUGAAAUUUCACUUGCAUCUGAAAUGAGUCAUAUCGAAGAUCUUGUACAAUAUUUAGCUAAACAUACAACUGAUCCACAUACAUUACCAACAGCCAGCGAACAAGUUAUUAAAGAUAUUAAAGGCAUUGAUUACAGUACAAUUGUUGCAUUUAAAACCCCACCAUCGUCACCUGGCUCAUUGAGUUCACGCAAAUCAAGUGUUUGUUCAAUAAAUAGUAUUAGUAGUUCAUCAUCAAAUUCAACAAAUAAUUCACGUAGUCCAACUCAUAAACAAAGUCUAACGCAACAACCACUACAACAACAACAACAACAACAACAACAACAACAACAAUCACAAAUGCCUAUAUCAAUUCAACAUCAAUUUAGUCAUUUGAAUAAUAACAAUAAUAAUAAUAAUAAUAAUCGAUCAUCAUCCAUACCUUCUAAUGUUGCUGUGAGUCGUUUAUCAAGUGUAUCAUCUCAAGAUUCUGGUUUUACAUCUCAAGAACAGUUUUUCGCUCGUCCGCCAUCACCACUUGAAGAGGCAGAGCGUGAAGUUGAUGGUAGUUCUAGUCCAUUACUAGUUGUUUGUUCAACAUUAAAUGCUUGGGCAAAACGCCCUGAAAUCUCUUCGAAUUGUAAACAUCCGGCAACAGUAACCGGUGCACCUGAACCAGUAAAAAAUUGUCGGCCAGCUAUAACAGCACAUACAUUUGAUCCACCAUCACCUAGUCUAUUUGAAAAACCAAAUUGGCAGAUCUAUGAAGAAACAAAUCAUCGAACUACAACAAUAUCUGACGAUGGUCUUUACGGUGCUCUAUCUCGUCAACAUUCAGUACCAUCUCGUCGUUGUCGUAUACGUGAUCUUAGUUUAGAAAGAUAUUUGCCUAUGCGCGAACAACAUUAUCAAUCAACGUUAAGCAAUAUUUCUAAUGGACGUGCUAAACCUACACAACCACCAACUGUACCACCAGAUUAUUAUGGUACAAUUGGAAAUCGACUUAGUCCAGAAGAUACUAAUAAACGCUUACGCAGUUCUACAUUACCAUCUGAAGCAAUCACACCUGAUGCACGCACAAUAGUUUGGCGUGAACGACAACGUCAAAAUGGUGGUAGUUCUGCAUCACAAUAUGGAACCUAUUAUGGUAAGCCAUCAUUUGAAUCAGCCGAUGAAACUCUCGAUGAAAUGUAUGAUUAUUUAACAAAAAGUAUUCAUUCAUCCAAUCCACCACAACCAAAAAAUGAAACACUACGUCGUGGUAUGUCAAUAGCUUUAAAUCAAAAUGAAAAACCGCCACCACCACCAAUACGUCGUACACCAUCAAUGAAUACUACUUGCCAUCAACAACAGCAACAAUUAAGUAAUGGUUAUAUGGAAUUACAAUCACGUCUUAAAGCUCGUUUAAAACGUGCUGAAGAAAUAGCCAAUCAAGCUAAUCAGAUCAAUUCACAACAGCAAAAGAUGACAACAGUAACUAAAACAAUGACAACCAUUGUUGCACAAUCACAUACUACCGAUGAUGACUUUCCACCACCACCAGAAUUUCUACUUAAUGAUACUUUGAAACAGUCAUCAUCACCAACGGUGACAACAAGAAUAACGACAACAACAACAACAACAGCUCCUUCAUCGUUACUCGAAGAAAUUCAGCGUGGUUUUAAAUUGCGUAAAACGUCGUUGAAUAGAGAUAGAUCAGCUCCACGUUUGAAAUAA